AAAACAGCCCAAAAGAUUCUCAUUCGAAAAAUUCUCGAUCGCUGAUUGGUCUGUUCUUAAAAAGUGGAUCGUCUGCCCUACAGCUAUAGGUCAUCUUAUGUAUUAUGAUGAUUGGUUCGUGAAAAAAGAAAAUGACGAUCGCGUGAUUUAAAAAAAGAAAACUUUUAUUUUUCAAAUGCAACAGUACAAUUUUCGAACAUGAUUUAUGUUAAUUACAUGUUGGCUACUUUCGUUUUAUAAAAAGAUUGUCUAUGUGUAUGAAUGAUGAUGUAAAUGAUAUAAAAUAUCCAAGUGAAAAAUGAAUAGACGAAUGAGUCUACCAGGUGGACUAAAUUCCUGUGAAAGGAUAAGACCGGAAAGACCAAGAAAUCCGAUUCAAAAGUUAAUAUGGAGUCCAAAUUCUCAAUUUCAAAUAGAUCAAAUAGGAAUAUUGGAGAACGAAGGAUCGAAUCCACGUAUGGCCUUGAGAAGAUUACUUCGACUUUACGAAGGUAGACAAUUUCGUGAAGCGGCAGCUUUUUUGAUGAAGUUACCACAGUAUACUUUGAAAACAGCUUUACCAGACAUUCCAGUGGAUUUAUUGAUCGAAACUUUACCGCAUAGCUUAACUUUGCUCGAAGCUCUUUAUUGUAGACUUGUAGAAUUAAAUGUUACUGAUACAAAGAUCUUAAGAGUAGAACAAGUUCUUUGGAAGGUGGUGCAAUUGUUAUCGAAUAAUCAGGAUCAUACACGUCCAAAGAUUUGGUGUAAACUGUUGAUGUCUUUAAACAGAUUGUCACCUAAUACAAAAAAUAUAUUGACUUCGAGAAAAAAAGCUAUAGAAAGAGCAGUCGAAGGACUUGGGAAACAUGGUUUAGUACCUUCAAGUUUGGAAGGUUCAACUAACUCGAUGAAUUCGAAUUUGGUACCACUUCCUGUUGUUCUUAGAGAACAACUCGAGGCACGUAUCGAAGCGUAUAAACUCGCAGUUCAUAAAUUAGAAAGUUUUGGAAAAAAUACAGGAGUUCAUAAAGUGGAUCAAGGCGUGCAAGCUGCCUCGCAUCAGCGUCAACUUUCGCUAAAAUACAGUGAAGUUCAACAGAGAUUAAUAGAUAACCAAAGCCUAUUGAAUACAUUGGAGAAAGCUGGCAAUCCGUACAAUCUGGAAAGUUUAUUGGUAGAAUUGAAACGUCGGAUUGAACACGACAAGGAAGCUCUCAGACAAUGGACAGCUUUGAGAAAAUCUAUUGGUUUAGCGGGGACUAAAAAUCCGACGUUGGCUGCAAACUUGUUAAAAUUUUCAAAGGGUUGUUCUUUAACUUUGCAACUUAUAUGCGAUGAGGGUUCAUCGGUAGAAAAGAUAUAUUCUUCGCCGAUACAUUUCGAGAACGAGUACGAAGAAGAAUCAUGUAGUACUGGAUAUCAUACCGACGAAAGUCGAACACCGGAACCGGUAGUAGUAGUUGCAAACAAAAGACAUGAACUUUUCAAUAGGGAAGAAAGUUCUCAAGUGUUGAUUUCCGGCGAUUUACCGGUCGAGCGUUUAUCCAAACGAUAUGGCAUGUUGUAUGCACAGGCACAUUUGCAUACUCUUGAUGCACUUGAUACCUUGCGUCCUCUCGACGAUGCACCUGAAUUAAAAGCUAAGAUACUUUAUUCCGUAGUCGUGUUAUCAUGGCGUUUAGCUGGAAUGAUCCAAACAUAUAGACGUCUAGAAGCAUUAAAUAUUUUAAAUGGUACAACUAGCGGUGUACCAUUGGUUGCAAAUAUCGAGGAAUGUAUAAUUAGACAAUUAGCUACCAGUGGUGCUCAAAGUGGUGUACAGGAAGUAGUCGAGCAAGUGAUCAAUCAACUGGAACGAACGUUGUACGAUUUACCGUGUUUAAAAGAAUGCACGGAAAUAAAAAGAUACGCUUCCAUGUGCGCUGGUUUGGCAUGGGUUUGUUUGGCUCGUAAUACGCCUCUGGUAUUGGACGUUGCACAGGAUAUCGAAUUUCGAAGGGAAGUUCAUUCGAGGCAUCACAGUUCCUCAAAUCCAAAUGGAACGAGAAUAAAAUCGGUAUUAUGGCCAGGUUUACGAGAAGGUUAUCAAGGUUCUUGUCUUCACAAAGCUGUUGUUGUAACCGUAUAAUGAUAUACGGUGAAUUAACAAUAAAAUUAUAGAUUCUUUUUUUGGGGGGAGGAUGACUUUUGUUAUUAACGUUAUAUACGAUGUAAUACACAUACAGAACAUGACAUGGAUAUCAUUAGAUAUCGAAAAACCAUAUCAAACUUUUUGUACCUUGAUAUAAUUAAAAUCCAGAGACUAUAACUAUUAUAAUCUUAAUUUUAAAAGUUAUGAAAUAAGAAUUAAUAUCUUCCUCUGAAUAAUAAUUUUGAUAUUACUUAUUAGUAACCAUUAUCGAUGACGGAAAUUCUUUUUGGGAAUAAGAAGAUCAAAAAUUAUAGUCAUAUUUUAUAUAUCAUAUAAUUAGACGAUUAAGUUUCCAUUAAAGGAAACUCAAAUAUAAUAUUAUCUAAUUUAACGAUAAUCCAACAAGUUAUCUAACCUGCCCUUUGUUCGAAAGAAAAU